GUCGCCGCCACGGCCGUCUCCUUCGCCCACGCCGAACCCGCCUAAGCCGCCGUCUCGGCCCCCGCCAGCCAGCCGUCCCCGCCAACCUUACUUGACAUAGCCAUUGGAAACUAGCAGGUUCAUAAAGUCUGAAGAAAAAAAAAAUCAAACCACUAGCAUUGUUCUAUGCAAAACUGCAUUAUGCUUUCUUCAUGUUUUAGUUCAAUUGUGUACAAGAUACACGAGAUUAUGGGAUACAGUAUAGAUGCAAUAGGGGUCGAAAAUAUUAUGCAAACCAAUGCCCGUGUGUGUGCCUUUUACCUUAAUGUAUAUGAGUUGAAUGCUUCAAAGUUUGAUUUGUUAACCACUGAAAAGUAAUACACCUUUUAUUUCCAGGCCGAGUCCCUUUAAAUUUUUAGAUGGCUCAUGCUGCAAGACUGAAUCUGCGAAUGCAGAAAGAGAUUAAGCUUUUGCUAAAUGAUCCACCUCAUGGGGUCUCCCUUAAUCUUCCUGGGGAUGAAAGUGCCUUGUCGUCGUUGUUGAGCUUUGAGGCCAGAAUACAAGGCCCUGAUGAAACUGUUUAUUCAAAAGGAAUUUUUGUUCUUAAGAUCCAAAUUCCUGAAAGAUAUCCUUUUCAACCUCCCAAUCUAACAUUUGUUACUCCUAUCUAUCAUCCCAACAUAGACAAUGGAGGACGAAUUUGCCUUGAUAUACUGAAUUUACCACCAAAGGGUGCCUGGCAACCGUCCCUCAACAUUGCUACUGUUUUAACAAGCAUUGGUCUGCUGCUAAGUGACCCAAAUCCUGAUGAUGGACUGAUGGCUGAAAUAAGUCGAGAGUACAAAUACAACAGACAAGUUUUUGAUACAAAUGCUCGGUCCUGGACUGAAAAGUAUGCUAAUCCUUCAGCCAUUGGCGCCAGUGGUUGGAGCUCUGUAGAUAUCUCUAUCAUGGCACCAAACAUACAAGAGGAAAAACUAAGCAUAGAGCUUUUUCCAAAAGUUUCAAAUAAAAAUUGUGAAGGGAGUCGAAAGAAGAUGAGGCUACUGGGUCAAAAGUUGUCUCUGAAAUCAGUACCUGAAGAGAAUAGCACCAGUGGCCAGAAGGAUCUGGUGGUAAAUCACUUAUCAUCGACAACAAUAUCCAGCGUUCCUACAACAUGCUUGACUGAUGUUUCAGGCAAACUGAAUGAUGCCUCAGAAAGCAUAUCUGACAUUGCUGAUCGUACAGUAGUGACUUCAAAGGAAGAAUACCAAAAGAACUUACAGUUACUUGAGCAGGGGCUUGUUACAUCAGAAUGUCCUAGCAAGAACAGUAGCGGCAGUGUAGAAGAGAAGAGCAGUGCAAAGAGCAUUGGUGAAUCAUUAGAUAGUUUGUAUAAAGCAUCAGAAGGGGAUAGAGCAAAUCUGAGGUCACUUGGUCAGAAGUUAUCACUGAAAUUGGCAAAGCCUGAAAACAAGAGCAAUGAUCAGAAGGAAAAUAUGGUUCCAAAGCAUCUGCAUUCACUGUCAGACUUCAAUAAUCUUCAGAAAAUACCAUCAGAUGUUAUUUCAAGAAAAAAUUACAUUGGGCAUACUAAUCCAGUCCAACAAAAUUCUGAUAAUGAACAUGUACUUCCAAAUACCCAGUUGAUACCAAGUAAAGAAAGCAAUCAAGGCCGAAAGAAGCUGCAUUUACUAAGUAAGAGGCUGUCAUUGAAAUCUGUGCUGCCUGCUGACAAGAGCAGUGAGAAAGAAUAUGUGCCAACAGAUUGCUCCCAAAACGAUAGGAAGCCGAAUGAACUUCCGUUGUCAGCUCCUGUCCUCAAGAGUCGGAUCUUUGGUAUAGCUGGUCCACAGAAAGAUGCCAGACAAAGCAACUCUUCGAUCCAACAAGACAAAACUCCUAUGGAAAGGAUUGUUGUUUCAGAUAGCGAAGAUGAAUGUGAAAGGCCUUCAAGAUCAAGGUUAUCAUUGAUGAGGAGACGGUUGGCUGGAAAACAGAGAAGCUAACUCGAGCCAAUAUAUUCGACAUUUUGUAAGUCUUCAUGUUCAUGUAAAGUCCUGGGAGAUGAAAAUACUCCAGCAAAUUCGCUAACUGCUUAUCAUCGACCAAUGUAUGUUUUUAUUUCUAUGUUGUAUGAUAUGGGUCCUUCGACUUUGGAUUAUGAUGUGCUCAUCUAUUUUGAUUAUUUCUGAAUAAUAGUACUAGUACAUACAUUUUGCAUGAA